GUUGCGACAUACGCCAUUUUGCAGUGACAGCGGUGCGCUGAAGCAGUGGACACAGAAAGAUCGAGAAGUCUCAGUUUAGAGUUAAAAGCAUGGGGAAUGUCUUUGCCAACCUGUUCAAGGGUUUGUUUGGGAAGAAGGAGAUGAGAAUUCUCAUGGUUGGGCUCGAUGCUGCCGGUAAAACCACCAUCCUGUACAAGCUCAAACUGGGAGAAAUAGUUACCACCAUUCCCACUAUCGGUUUUAACGUAGAAACGGUAGAGUAUAAGAAUAUCAGUUUCACGGUUUGGGACGUUGGUGGCCAAGACAAAAUCAGACCGCUUUGGAGACACUACUUCCAGAACACUCAAGGUCUGAUCUUCGUAGUUGAUAGUAACGACAGGGAACGAGUUAACGAAGCCAGGGAGGAGUUGGCAAGAAUGUUAGCAGAAGACGAGUUGCGUGACGCAGUCCUUCUUGUUUUUGCAAACAAACAGGACCUGCCCAAUGCCAUGAAUGCGGCUGAGAUUACAGAUAAACUGGGCCUUCAUGCCCUCCGUCAUCGUAACUGGUACAUCCAGGCCACCUGCGCUACCAGUGGAGACGGACUCUAUGAGGGGCUGGACUGGCUCUCCAAUCAGUUGAAAAAUCAGAAAUGAGCUAGUCUGCAGUCUCCAAAUCUAUGUGUGUGUGUUUGUUGUAUGGAUGAGUAGAUAUGUGUGUGUUUGAGCGAGUGAGACGCACACGGCUACAGUGCUGACCCAGACUAGGACUGAUCUCAGUGCUCCUCUGUCGCUCCCUAUUAUUUUAGGUUUGGGCAUUGCUGACUCAGACUGUGUUUGUGUGUGUCAUACAUGUGCAUAGUGAAGUGUUUAUCUUUAGUAUGCACGUUAGUAAGAAUGUAUUGUGUUCAUGUGUGCAUGAAGGCUUCUCUGUGUGUUUGCUUGGUUUGGGAAUGACCCUGGCGUGCCUUUUAUACACACAUCUCUCCUCUUCUCGUUCCACCUCACAAACUGUAUUAUGACUCGUUCCAUACUGCACCAAGCGUGGUUUUCACAUGGCAAAUAUAGAACCAGCGUUCUCAACAAUGAACUGCUCUCUGCAAUAACCCAAACCUCUCCUACACCAGUAUUACGGGCAUGCUGAAUAUAUAACCUAUACACUUUUACAGUGUUUUAAAGGGAUCUCAUCAUUUACUCACCAUCAUAACAUUUCAUACUGGUAUGACUUUCUUCUGUGGAAGGGAGACGUCUUAGUCAUUCAGGCUACCACCUCACUUUGUAUUCCAGGAAGAAAGUCAUAUGGGGUUGAAACAACAUAAGGGUGAGUAAAUGAUGACAGAAGUUUCAUGUUUGGGUGAAAUGAUCCCUUUUACACAACAACCUGCCCUGUAUCUUUAGGAAAAAUGCAUUGUAACCUGUAUCAGGUCAGGAUCAGUUUGCUCAGAUUUCCCCCACCACCACCUGUUCUUAUGAGUCAUUUGGAAAUUGUGAUGUUUUAUUUUUGGCUUAGAUCAGUGUUUUAAUUUGCAAAUGUGUCCAAAUGUUGGUAGUGGAGUUGUGAGCAGAUCUCUGGUUUCCUGCUGUACACUACCCGUUUCUAGCCGCCACACAGACCCCAAGCACAAUCGCAGACUGCUGAACAUUCCCCCUACCAAAUUGUUGGAUUUGAUUUGAAUAAUAAUAAUAAAAAAAUUAAUAUUA